GAGUGGGCUUCUUACAAACUUGGAAUAUUCAUUUGUUUGAAUUGCUCUGGGAUCCAUCGCAACCUUCCUCAAAUCAGCAGGGUCAAAUCACUUCGGCUUGACUUCUGGGAGAACGAUCUGAUAGAGUUUAUGAAGAAUCAUGGGAAUGUCUGUGCCAAAAUUAAAUAUGAGGCAAAAGUCCCUCCCUACUAUUACAUCCCCCAGUCCUGUGAUUGCUUGGUUUUAAGAGAGCAAUGGAUUAGAGCUAAAUAUGAGCGUGAGGAAUUUGUUGCCACCCGACUCUGCCAAGAUCCUUGUUCUGCAGGUAGCCGUGAAGGAUUCCUCUGGAAGCGUGGGCGAGAAAACAGACAGUUCCAGAAGAGACAAUUUGUCCUGUCAGCAAGGGAAGGGGUGAUGAAGUACUUCACCAGAAAAUCCAAAGGUCCAAAAGCCAUUAUCAGCAUUAGGAACCUGAAUGCAAUGUUCCAGACAGAGAAAAUCCAACAUUCUCACGGGCUGCAGAUCACAUACAAUACAGAUGGUCAAACAAGGAACCUUUUUGUCUAUCACGAAAGUGGAAAGGAGAUUGUUGACUGGUUCAAUGCCAUUCGGGCAGCACGUUACCAUUAUCUCAGAACAACCUUCCCAGCUGUCCCUGAGCCUGAGCUCAUACCCAGGAUCACAAGAAAAUAUGUCAAAGAAGGAUAUAUGGAAAAAACAGGACCAAAACAGAAGGAGGCCUUUAAGGUGCGCUGGUUCUCCCUGGAUUCUCAAGAAAGGAACCUGAUGUACUUUAAAAAUCCACUGGAUGCAUUUGCCCAGGGCCAGGUUUUUAUUGGAAGGAUGGAUGAGGGGUAUGAAGUACGAGCUGGCUUGCCCAAGGGAAUGCGGGUGAAGAAGAGGAAACCAGCGAUCACUGUGGUCACGCCAGUGAGAGAGUUUGUGUUCAUAUGUGAGAAUGACAGGGAGCAGAGGGAGUGGAUAGAUGCCUUAAAUGGAGUUAUUGCCCAGCCUUUGAGUGGUUAA